AUGCGUAUGCCGGUAGUUUUGAAUGUUGUCAAUAGUAAACAAUUAUUUUUAGUGUGUUUAUUUUCGUGUCGUAAUUGGAAUAAAAAUACGUUAAAAUGAGUGUUGUGUUUCAAGACAAUAUCGGUUGGGUUUUAUCUCACGACAUGUUCGUGAAAAGUAUUUAUAGUGAAGUCCAUGACAAUAACGUUACGUGUAGGUUAGAGUUCGACCCAGCGCUGUUUAAGAUUGAAACUCCAUUUAUAAAUAAAGCACCUAUCGACUCAGACAAUUCGUUGGCUUCAGAUAAUUCCGGUAAUUUGUGGUUUUCACCCAAGAAGAAAAGAAGAACUAACAGAAACGGCGCCGAAAGUACGAAUAGCAGUGCAGAGCAAGUAGUUAAUCUUGUGGCAAAUAAAUCAUCAGUUUUACUUAACAAUGCAAAGAAACAGGGUGUGUUCAAUUGUGAGCCAUCAUCAUCAGAUACCUUGAGAAGAAACGAAGAUGCUAGAAACCUAUCAGUUAUAUUUUACAAAGAAAACUCUGAUGAACAAAAUAAGACAUUUCAUGGAGUCAACAAUCAGGAAUUUCCCAUAAUAGUGUCAUAUGGAGAGAAAAAGUAUGUUUUCCCACCAAGGUGUAUGUUCUUUAAUAAUGAUAUAAGCAACUUGAACCAGAAAUUGGAUGUCCUUGGAAAGUUCGAUCUGCUGCUCUUGGAUCCACCUUGGUGGAAUAAAUAUAUACGAAGGAAGAAACAAAAGUCUCGUGAAUCAAGUUACAGUAUGAUGUAUGAUGAGGACCUGUUAAAAUUGCCAGUUGCAUCCUUAAUAGCUCCUGGUGCACUUGUUGCAGUAUGGUGCACAAAUUCUGAAACACACAUAAAUACGAUGAAAAAUAAAAUAUUUCCUUCUUGGGGAAUUGAGUGUGUCAGCAAAUGGUACUGGCUGAAGGUCACUCGGAGUGGUAUACCAGUUUGCAAUUUCUCUGAACCUCCUAACAAGCAGCCAUUUGAGCAAAUACUCUUUGCACAUCAACUGUGUACACAAAGAAGUUUUCCAUUACCAGAAGAUGGAAAAAUAGUUAUUAGCGUCCCAAGUGCUAUUCAUUCACACAAACCUCCUCUGACAGCAUGAAGCAGAGGCACAGUAUUCAUCACAAGAAGAGACUGAUGUCACCUGCAGUGAGCCACAGCCCCAGCAGCAUGAACGGCCUCCCACAAAGAGAAGAAAAGUGACAACAGACAUUCUUUUGGAGGCCACCAAAAUGUUGAAGCCUGUGACUGAUAUGAGCAAAAACCAGUCCCAGCCUGCCCGGUCCCCCUGCAGGUCCGGGGGUAAGAACAGGCCAGAGGUAUUCCUGACUGUCGUAAGAGGCGACUAAAAGGAGUCUCAUACAUUUCGGCCUUUACGUGAUGGUCCCCUUUAGGGUUUGACCUCCAUUUUUCCAAAGACCAAGCCAAUUGGGGAAGGGCGCCUUACAUGGUGCAUUGUAUCCAUCGUGCAUUGAGAUCUUUAGCCCACUUUCUUGUCGAGGCAUUGCAGUCGCGCUCAUCCUCCAUCUCUUGGGCAAAGACACCUUCCUGGUUGAAUUUUCCUCUACCCACUGUGCAGUGUCAUUUUCUGCGCCAACGAUGACCAAGGAAUUCUUAGUACCUCAUAUCCAGCAUGGUAGCCAGUCUGUUGUGGUGGGGCCGCCAUGUACCCUGUUGGUUGUAGCCCCCAGACUACACAGGGAUCGCCCUGCUGAUGGCCUGCAUCGUUAACUCCCCACGUAUGCCAAGGAGUAGAUGCCCAUCACCCUGGGGCAUUGGGAGUCCUGGCAAUGGACAUCGUGCCAGGUGGCCUUUGCUGCAGCUGGGUGGUGACCGUGGGGAUGGCCCCUGGUCAGAGUUGGUGUCAUCAGGGCAGAUGACACCAUGAAGUGUAGUAUGUCAUCUUUUGCUGGUGGUCUGAUGCCAGCAGUCUCUAAGUGGGCAAAGUCUAAGUCAGUGAAGUCUCAGUUUUUUGUGGAGCAUUUAGAGGACAAGUUUGGGGAAGUGGAGGGAUUGUCCAAAAUGCGAUCGUGAGCAAAACAGUGUCCUCUGCCCAGUUCAGGGCACCACUCGCCUAUGACAAGCUGGAGCAUGUUUCUGUUUCCAUCACACCCCAUAAGGGCUUAAAUGUGGUCCAGGGUAUUUUACAGGGAUCUUCUUUUGCAGUCUGAUGACAAGCUGCGCGCCAACUUAGAGUGACGAGGUGUUCAUUUCGUCCGGCGCUUACAUAGGGGUCCAAAGGAUAAUCGGGUUGCCACUGGUGACUUCAUCUUGGCGUUCAAGGGUGACGCAUAACCCGAGAAGGUCAAGGUGAUGAUAUACCGGUGUGGUGUCAAGCCAUAUAUCCCUCCCCCGAUGCAGCGCUUCAAGUGCUGGAAGUUUGGGCAUAUGUCUUCACGUUGUACUUCCAGCAUCACCUGUCAAGAUUGUGGAUGUCCUUCGCAUCCCAAUGCUCCAUGAGCCUCGCCGCCUAUCUGUUCAACUGCAGAGAGCACCAUUUCCCUUGCUUGCCAGACUGCAGGAUUUUACAGAAAGAAAGGAAAAUCAUGGAAUACAAGAUGCUGGACCAACUGACCUUCACUGAGGCUAAGAUGAAAUUUGAAUGCCUACAUCCUGUGCGUAUGACAUCCUCUCACGCCGCCGCUAUGGCAACAGUUCUAGCCCCAUCAGUUCCGCCAAUUCCAGCUUGUUCUCAGAACCGUAAGACUACACCUGCCCCCUUGAUGGUGGGGGCACUUCCCUACCUGUUGCUCCCGCACCACCUACCUCGGGAACACUGCCACCCCAACCAUUGGGGCCAUCAGUCCCCACUUCUCAGCCGGAGAAGCAUCAGUCUUCUUCGCCUUCUCUCACUAGGAAGAGGUCCCUUGAGUCACUCCUUUCCCAGGUUCCUACCAGUGGCAAAGCAGACACCCACCAGUGGCUUAAGCACCCACAGGUAGCUGGUCAUAGGGCUUCACGGUCCUCCUCAGUCCUUGAGACUGAAUCAGUGGAGCCCUCCCUGCCACUGGAGAGCCCACGAUGACUUGUGUGGUUGUGACCACUUUCCCAUCUUCCUGUCACUCCCCUGACAUCAUCCCCACAGACGCCUACCCAGAUGGGCUUUAAACAAGCCGGAAUGGGAAGCUUUCACCUCUGUCAUCACCAUUGAAUCUUCCUCAUAUGGUAACAUUGAUGUGAUGGUUGAGCGAGUCACCAGGAUGAUCAUUUCUGUGGCGGAAAAUGUGAUCCCUUGUUCCUUAGGGUGCCUCCGGCGAAAGACAGUACUUUGGUGGUCACCUGAAAUUGCUGAGGCCGUUAAGGAGUAUAGGCAGGCUCUGCAGCAACGUAAGCAGCACCCUUCCCUGGAGCACCUAAUAGCUUUUAAAUGGCUCUGUGCCUGCGUUCACCAACUUAUAAAAAGAUGGAAACAGGAGUGGUGGGAGAGGUAUGUCUCGACCAUUGGGUGCCGUAUGUCACCUUCCCAAGUCUGGGUAAAGAUCAAAUGUGUUUUUGUGUACCAGACCACAACAGGUGUCCCUGGCAUUAACAUACAUGGUGUGUUAUCUACCGACUCAAACGCGAUUGCAGCACUAUGCUCGAGCCUUUGCGUCAGAGAAUUACGCCCCCCCCCUUCCCCCCCCCCCCCAGCCUUUCACAUGGUCAAAUGGCAGAUGGAAGAGAAGGACCUCUUGUUCACUACAUGCCGCAGUGAACCCUGUAACACUCCAUUUACUGAGAGGGAGCUCCUCAGCACCCUUGCACAUUACCCCAACAUAGCCCCUGGGCCAGAUUGUAUCCACACUCAGAUGAUUAAACAUGUCUCGUCCCACUACAAGUGACAUCUUGUCAUCUUCGACCGGAUGUGGUACAAUGGCGUCUUUCCAUCACAAUGGCAGGAGAGCACCGCCGUUCCUGUGCUUAAACCCGGUAAAAACCCGCUUGAUGAGGAUAGCUAUUGGCCCAUCAGCCUCACCAACAUACUUUGUAAGCUACUAGAACCUAUGGUGAGUUGGCGGCUAUGUUGGGUCCUGUAGUCACGUGGCCUACUGGCUCCAUGCGAGGGUGGUUUCUGCCAGGGUCACUCUACCACUGAUAAUCUCAUGUCCCUUGAGUCUGCCAUACGAACAUCCUUUUCCGGAUGCCAACAUCUGGUUGAAUCUUUUUUGAUUUACAAAAAGCUUACAACACAACCUGGCGACAUCGUAUCCUUGCCACAUUAUAUGAGUGGGGUCUCCGGGGCCCACUCCCAAUUUUUAUCCAAAAUUUCCUGUCGCUCCGUACUUUCCCUGUCCCAGUUGGUGCCUCCCACAUUUCCCCCCAUAUCCAGGAGAAUGGGGUCCCACAGGGCUCUGUAUUGAGUGUAUCUCUAUUUCUAUUGGACAUUAAUGGUUUAGCAGCACUGUAGGGCUGCCUGUCUCACCUUCUCUGUAUGCAGACGACUUCUGCAUUUCGUACUGCUUCUCCAGUACUGGUGUUGCUGAGCGGCACCUACAGAUAGCCAUCCACAAGGCCCAGUCAUGGGCUCUAGCCCACAACUUCCAGUUUUCAACUGCAAAGUCGUGUGUCAUGUACUUCUGUCGGUGUUGUACUAUUCAUCUGGAACCAGAACUUUACCUUAAUAACAAUGCACUCACUGUAGUGGAGACAUCAAUUCCUAGGGCUGGUUUUUGAUGCCCAAUUGACUUGGCUUCCUCACCUUCAUCAGCUUAAGUGGAAGUGUUGGCGGCACCUCAAUGCCCUCUGCUGAGUAACACCAGCUGGGCUGCAGAUCGCCCUACGCUGCUGCGGCUCUACAGUGCCUUUUUCAAUCCCGCCUUGACUAUGGGAGUCUGGUUUAUGAUUGGGCGACACCCUCAGCAUUGCAUUUACUCAACCCAGUGCACCACUGUGGCAUUUGACUAGCGACGAGAGCUUUUAGGAUGAGCUCAGUGACCAGCGUACUGGUGGAGGCUGGAGUCCCUCCAUUGCAGAUCAGACGUGCACAACUCCUCACCAGUUAUGUUGCACGCAUUCAUAGUUCUCCUGAGCAUCCGAAUUACCGUCUCCUUUUCCCACCCACGGCGGUUCAUCUCCCGCAUAUGCGGCCUAGGUCAGAGCUUACGAUCACAGUUCAUACUCGAUACCUCCUGUGUGAACUAGAGUCCUUGCCUUUACCACCUCCCCUCCAGGUCCAUCCGCAUACACCCCCAUGGUGUAUAACUAGGCCGCAGCUUCGUUUCAACCUUUCGCAUGGCCCCGCAGGACUCAGUUACCGUAUUUACUCGAAUCUAAGCCGCACUUUAUUUCCGGUUUUUGUAAUCCAAAAACCCGCCUGCGGCUUAGAAUCGAGUGCAAAGCAAGCGGAAGUUCUGAAAAAUGUUGAUAGGUGCCGCCACAACUAACUUCUGCCGUCGAAUAUAUGUAGCGCUACACAAGCAUGCUUUGUGGGCACAAAGAUAAAUACUGACGCCAAAACCUCUGCAUCAGUAAAUAAAUUAAAAAAAAAGGUAGAAGACGAGCUUUUUUUUUCUCCGCCCUGAGUUUCGACCACUGCGUUUUCAUACAUUAUCCAAUGAAGUAAAUACAAAUUCUGUAUUGUUCAUCUUCGAAUGUAGCAGAAUUUCAAUGUACUAUGAAAAUCCGACUGGCAAGACUGUUAGGGAUGUUUGUCAAUAUGGCCAACUCUACGUUCAGAGUUUUUUCCUACCUGUGAGAAGAGAUGGUUGCUAAUAGGAACCUGAUGAAAUGUGAAUCACAUGCAGUAUUCUCUUCACCAUAAGAAUAAUACGAAUAUAAACAUUUUGCCAUGUAUUCUUUCGUGUUUGCUGCUAUCUCAUUUAAAUCCUGUCUGCGUAAUAAACCACGAAACUAGAGUGAGACAACAGCAAACGCGGAAGAAUAUACGUAUCGUGUCAUGUUUAUAUUCGUAUUAUUCUUAUGCCUAAUAGUGGUACAGUCAGAAAUGAAGCACGGCAACUGACUAGAUUUUAAAUGUAAGAUGACUAAUUUCUGUGCAGAAUUUGACGUACUAAAGAAGCGGCCGCAAAGAAUUUCAAACGGUGAAAAAUUUUUGCAAAACUCUCGUUCAGAACAUGUUCUAUCAUACGCAUGUUCUAUCAUACGCAUUUGGUUCUUUUUGAUCAUUAUCAAAGAAAGCAGCAGUGUAAGUAACAACAAAUAGCAGUCU